UUCUCUUGUUUAGACGACGUAUCUGAAUUGUGUGGCAAAGCUUAGAUUCAUUUUUGGAAUGGAAGAAAGUGGUUACGAGUUUAAAAAUGUGGCUAAUCAAUAUUGGGCUACGAUUGCAGCGAAUUUGAUUAUGUUGGGGCACGGAUGUGUGGUAUGUUGGUUCACUCCAUCUAUUCCGAUUUUGAUGUCUGAAAAAACACCAUUGAUAAGUGGUCCUCUUACAAAUGACGAAAUGUCUUGGCUGGGUUCGAUAAAUAAUGUGGGUGCGCUGGGUGGAAUUUUUACAUUUGGAUAUAUAACAUCGUUUUUCGGCUGCAAACGUGCUAUGAUCUUUCUGGCACUUCCAUCGAUUGCCUUUUGGAUUUUGAUUUACUUUGGAAAUACAUAUUAUCAUAUUCUAUUUGCACGAUGUUUUGCCGGUUUUGUCGGGGGAGGUAUACAAACGGUAUUGAUCCUCUUUGUGUCUGAAAUUUCGAACGACAACAUACGAGGUCGUCUCAGCUCAUUUACUACACUGUCACGCAACGUUGGCGUUCUGAUUAUAUUCACAGUUGGCGCAUAUGUUGACUAUCACAUCGUCCCCUGCAUUUUGAUUUUUCUGCCCAUUUUGUAUUUGAUUUGUUUCACUGCAUUACCAAACACACCACAAUUUUAUCUACAGAAAGGCAACAUGCAGGCAGCCGAAAAUUCGCUCAGAUUUUAUAAAGGCUUCAAAGCAGAAAAUCAACUGGAAAUAAAUGCAUUCAAUAAGGAAUUUGAGAGACUAAAAUCAUUGGCAAAUAAACAAAAAGAGGAUAAAAAAGUGCAUCUAAGUGACUUUUUUGAGGCAAAGGCAAUGAAGGGACUUUUCAUCGGUAUAACUUUGGCAUGGUUAUCGCAAUUUCCCGGAAGCAUUACUUUUUUGAAUUAUGCAGUUUUAAUUUUUGAAAAAUCGGGCCCAUCAAAAAUAGAUCCAUACACAUCGUCAAUAAUAUCGGCAAUAGCUCAAAUAAUUGGUUGCUUUUUCUCUGCAAAACUAGCAGAUUCACUGGGUCGAAAAUUGUUAAUGAUUAUUUCAUUUCUUGGAUCGGCUACUGGAUUAUUUGUUUAUGCAUUAUACUUGUAUCUCAUUCAAAAUGGCUAUAGUUUAUCGUCUUUUUCAUGGUUACCAGUCACAUCCGUAUCUUUUAUCAUGUUUAUCUCAUCAGCUGGCAUUUACACAUUAUACUCUGUUUGUUUUAUCGAAUACUUACCAUCAAAG